GGAAUGCACUAGAAUGCAUUUUAGAUGUUAAUCUAUGUGAUGUUAAAAUUGAACAUUUUUAUUUUUAUGUUAUAUACAUGUGAUGGGUUGUAAUAUUAUUCAGUGAAAUAGUCUUCUAAUCAUUCAGCGAUGGACAGGAAGAAAAAUAUGCACAACAGCAAUCAAAAUAGGCAACUUAAUUCUACUGGUGCUGUACCUAAAGCGGGUUCAAGCAGGGAACCUCAGAGAGAUGUGGUGUCAAGAGUAGUUGCCCCAAUAGUUCGAGAAACACCGCAUCAUAAUAUUAAUUCAUAUAAUAUGCUCCUGGAGUGGCAACAAAAUCAAAAUCCUGAACAACACACCUCUGAUCAUUCGCAUCAGCGAGAAAGAUUCAAUAGAGACUUUACAGCAUCUGUUGAAAGUGGAGUUUUUGAACAAGUUGUGAAUGGUGGAACACUAUCCCACGAGCAGCAAAACUGGUUGCCAGUAGUAAGACCUCAAAUUCGAAAACGUAAUCAGGCUCAGUCUGGAAGUAAUAGUAAUUCACACAGUAUGUCUACAUCAACUGGUCUUCAACAACCUCAACAGCAUCAUUCUAGCUCUAAUACAGCCAUUGUACUUCCGACGACGCCGAAUAUGCACCCGUUUACAAAUGGGGAGCUGACAAUGAAUUCUAAUUCUGGUGAUAUAUUUAUGGCACCUAGACAUCAAGAUAGAGCAACACAAGUUCUUCCAUUGAUCAACAAUAAUCAUUCUGAAACUGAUGAAAGACUGAAUAAUGUACAAGCAUUCAUUAAUUCGUCGACUAAUACUCGUCCAGUAUGUGAUGGGUCUUCUAUAGAUGAGUCAAAUGAUUUAAAUGCUCCAUUAUCAAAUUCAGAAAUUAAUGAUGACAAUAUGAAAUGCCUGGAAAUGCAAUUGAGGAUGGAUAUUUCAAAUAGGAAGCUGCAAGUUUUACAGAACCAGCAGUCGCAGCUUUUGUUGAUUCAAGAAUCUGCCAAAAUGCAGUUAGAUAAAUUAAGAAGACAUAAACAAAUGGAACAGCAACAGUUGUUGAAUCAACAGCAAUUAGAGAGAGGUCAAUCUCAACAACAAGCCAAUCAAACUAAUAAAGUAUUUUCAGUUCAAUCGUCACAACAAUUUGAUAAUUCAAAUCAAUCCGAUAGAAACUCUACUACUAUGCAGAUGCAUAAUCAAACAGACUUCAGUUUUCAACCCAUAAAUCCAAUGACAUAUUCUCUUCAAAACAAUGAAAAUUUGUUAAAUCCAAAUCAUAAUGAAAAUCAUCAUCUACACAAUAGAGAGAAUACAAAUUACAAUUGUUAUUCUGAUGGUAGAUCAAGUAACCAGAAUGAGAACAUUAUACCUAAACAUAAUGGACAUGGCUCUAUUAAUUCUGAUGAAGUGACUUCUGAUAACAAUCAUUUGGCAGCAGGAGAGAGUGUUGCUGAUCAUCCAGGGGAUUUUUCUAGAGUUGAUGAGGGUCUUAUGAAUAUUUCAAAACGUUUAAUGGCUAUAGAUGCAAUGAUGGAAACACGUUCUGAAGUUGAAGCUUUAACAAAUUCAACGUUUAUUUCAGCUCAAGGAGAUUAUGAUGAAAAGUUAAAAGAAUUGCAAAAUAAAAAACAACAAAUGGAUAGUUUGGUAGCUGAUUUGCAACAGCUGAAUAAACAAGCGGCUCGUGAUGCCGAGUUGCGAGUUUCACGUAAUGCUGGCAGCGAGAGUCGCCUAUCAGAAUCUGCAAGUGUUCCUGAAGAGCCCCUUCCCACUUUGAGGUCAAUCGUGGGCACUGCAGAAGGUUCCACAUCAUCAGUUGGCAAUGAAGUAGCUCAGAUAAGUGCCAUGAAAGUGCAAUUGGCUAGACUCAAAGAUAUGAUGGAUACUAUGAAAUAUAUAGAGGCUAGAACAGGUGGCUCAGAUGUAGAAGACUCAAUAAGAUCUAAUUCUCCACGAAGCAGUUUGUGUGACCAUCAAAGUGCCAGUACUAUCGAAACAACUAACUAUGCUGAAUCAUGGGCAAGCAGCACCUUGAAGCCUAAUAAUGUUGAUCACAUGAGUCAAAUUCCAUACAAGGCUUUAAUUUCGGAUAAUGAAAAUUUGAAUUCAGUAUCUAAUUGGCUCGAUUCUGAUGGUGGUGAACGUAGCAACAAAUUUCCUGAAUCUGGUUUGACAAGUAAUCCUUCUAUUGGUGGUCUUUCUUUAGAAACUGUUCAGUCUUUGUCCCAGGAGCUUCGAGAACAAGCCAAUGCUUUGUCUGCUGAGAGAGAUAGAUUAGUGCAGGCUCAAAAUCAAAUUUUGUCCAGGCCAGGUCGCAGUGCAUCCAUGAGCAGUGCUAAUAGCUUUAGUAAUCGCUCAGAAAAAAAAGUUAAUCAACAAGUAUCCCAUAAGAAUGUACAUAAACCAAAUUCAUCUACCACUUAUGUGCCUGGACCUAAGGAAAUGCAACAGCAGAUGUUAAAAGCUCAACUUGAAGCUAAGAAAAAGGAACUUGAAGACCUUAUGAGGAAAAGUAGAGAUUUGUCAUUGCAAAUAAAUCAAACUUCAAACACUUCAAAUACAUCGUCGACAACACUUAAACAAGAUCUACCCCAAGAUACAAAUCCUUCAUUUUGGUCCAAUGAACAAAGAUUUCAAUCCAAAACACCUACAAGAAAAUCAUCUGGUCAGUCUGCUAGUCUUUCCGAAGUUGGUUCUCAAAGAUUAACAAGAAGAUCAAGAGAAGAAAGUGAGUCAACAGUUAUCACAUCCUUACCAGAUAUUGAUGCUGCAAGCUGUAAUGAAGAUUUUCCACAACAAGCGCAGAAUAUUCCAAUAAGAAAUGCUAGUCGUCAUUCAAAUAUCACACCACCAGUGCCUCCACCAAUGCCUGAAAUUAGUUUUCGAAAGGAUUCUCAAGAUAGUAGCAGUUUCACUUCUCCCAGUAGUCAUAAUAAUCAAACCAAUGCACAAGGAACCCCCACUUGGCAACCGAGGUUGGCUCAGCAUCUACAAUCUCAAUUUGAUUUAUACUUCAAUCAUUGCCAGAACUUGGCAAUGGCUGCAGCAGCAGCAAAUAAUCAAAAUGGGUCAAAUCAGACACCGUUGACCCACUCGAAUUCACCGUUGCUAUCAUCCUAUGUGCAACCGCCUUUGAGCAGUUUUCCCAAUAAUCCGCUGACAUCAAAUGAAUUAGGUGUGUUUUAUCAACUCCUUAAUUCAAAUCCUAUGGUGCCAACUCCUCCUGUCUUGGGUGCUACAUUUAGUCCAUACUGUCCAUGUAACAGCGCAUUGUGGCAAAUUGUUUGGAUGCAGCAAAGAGAAAUAACUAAUUUUGGAAGAGCUGUUUGUUCACUACAAGAACACUUAUUGCAAUUAACAUCAAAGGCGUCAGCUCUGCAAUCCAGUGAUUCAUCUACCAAUAAUACAUCUACUGCACAGCAUGUACAAACGUCUGCAAAUAUUGCGUCCAUUACACCAAUGCCUCAUGGUAAUACUAAUUUACCAUCACAACUUCCACAAAACUAUCAUGCUCAACAAGUAAAAAUACCACAGAGCAACAACAUGAAUAACCUCAUGCCAAACCAUAGUCUGGUUUUACCUUCUACAAGUUCUCAAAAUCUUCAGCAACAUGAAAUAGUUACUUCAGUUGCCUCCAAUGAAUCAAUUAUUAAUAGGGUUUUUAAUCCCGAAGUUAUCAGCACUCUUGCGUCAGAAUCAACUGUUAACUCAAAUGGUAUGAAUUACAUUUCACCGAGUUUUGAAAAUUUGCAAUAUGUUCACAACAAUACAGCUGGUCAAAAUUUGAGUACAAAUUCAAACAACAUGAAUUUGCAAAACCAUGGGCAAAUGUAUCAUAAUGGAGAAGUAUGCUUUGGAAAUGUUUCGAAUUUGGCUAAUAGUCAUAUUACCUUGAAUAAUCAAGUUCCACCAGGAAACAGAGCUAAUAAUUAUUGGGAUAACUUUCGCAGCUAUUCUAGACAAAACCUAUUGUCAGGGAAUUCCAAAUCCUCAAAAGAAUCUAUACCAACUGCGAUCAGUCAAUCUGGGCCAAGUCCUUUAGUUACUAGGUCGCACAAUGCUUUACGUACUGUUGCAUCCACAAGUCACGAGCGAAUGUCUUUGCCUAAACAAAACACACAAGCAACAUCUGAAUUUCAAAUAAAUAAUAUCAUCCAAGAUCAAGUGAAUAUAGGUGAUGUUAAUUUACAACGGCAGCUUCAGAAUCAAAGAAAUCAAGUUUUAGAAAUACAGCCGGAUGUUUUGAAUGUAAAUCAAAAUGUGCUCUCUACACAAUUUUCUGCUCCUGGUACAAAUACUCCUCAACAAGAAAAUGCUGGAGGAAAUAAUGUUUCUAAUUCAAAUUCAAUUCUGGGAUCUCUUCAUAAUGGUUCCUGUGUCAACUAUCCUGAGAUUAUUCAAACACAUAGUUCCUUUGCAGAUAUAGCUCAACAGAAUUUAAAAACUAACUUACCUGUGAAGAGUACUGGAACUAAUAAGAAGAAAUCAAAAAUAACUACCGUGCGUAGUGUAAAUGAGACUGAAAAUAACCAACAACAAAAUGCCAUCGAGAAUAGACCUGAUCCGAAUCUGUUGAGUAAUGAAAAUCUGGUUGCGCAACCCAAGUCAACUGUUAAACCGUUUGACCAGCUGAGAGAAGCUGUGUAUGGAGAAGUGACUGCUCUUAUUGCCCAAAAUGAAUCUAGACCGCAAUAUCUUUUGCAAUUGUUUCAAAACUUGAGACAAGUUGGCUGUGAUCCUUUAAGAUAUCAAGCUCUGAAUGAAAUCCAGAACUUGGUGUCAGCGGCACCUUCUACAUCACCUAACACUCAAGCAGGAGUUGCUCCUACAACAUCAAAUGCUGCAGAUAACCCAAGAACACCAUUGAAAGCAACUGCAAAAUGUACAGGUGCCGUUAAAAAGGGUAAUAUCACUCUUCGAAAAGAAGAUUGUGGUGAGCCGCUAGUGAGUCAAACUCCGUUAUUUACAGAGGCUUUAUCUAAUAUAGAGGGCAGUGAUCAGAGAUGCUCAUCCACCACUGAUGCUGAACAAACCUUUGAUCAGAUAAGUGUUGAAAAUGAGCAAGGUGCAGUUUUUAGUAAUUCAGUUUUCGAAGACCUAAAUUGCGCUGAUGUUUCCUGUUCUGAACAAUCUUCUUAUUUGGUUGCAAAAUCUGAGAGAAACUUCGAUCCAACAAAAUCCUCAAAUAAAGUUUCAGAUAAUCUAGUAUCUUCUUUGAACAAUAUGCAUUUCUCAGAAGAAAAUAAUAUAGAGCUUGGAAAUGUAAUUCAACCAUCUAAUAAUGUUGCCAAGAAUAUACCACAAGCAGCAACAAAUGAGGGCCAAAAUGUGUAUAGAGCCAACAAUAUUGUUGACAAUGCAAUACCAUGUAACGAAGAUCUAGCUGAAGCCGAUCAGAUAAGAAUUUCUGGUACACUAAAUGAUGCAACCACUUCAACACAACCUGUUUCUGGAGACAAUAGAAUCUUGCCUGAACUAGAGGAGCGUUCUAGAGAUGGACAAAGUAUGAACAUGGCAGAAGGGGCUUGUGCUAGAGAAAAUGAUAUAAAUAUGGUACUUCCAUUACCUGAUUUGGCAAGAAUAGGCCCAGGAGGAGAUCAUGAUAUUACAGAAACAAAUCGAUCUGUUUCAACAAGUGGUUUUGAUCAUGGUUUGGACAGGGUACCAACAAGACUAACAAAUGGCCCUUGGAGUCCUGAAUCUUCUAUAAAUGAUAGUAGUAUUGAUACUUCAAUGCAAAGCAGUAUAGAAGAAUAAAAAAGAUUCUCAUAUAUGUAUUUGGUUAUUAACAAAUUAUUCAAUAUUUAUAUAUAUAUUUAUAUAAACUAUUUCUA